ACUUCAUUGGCCAAGCUGAAAUUUACGUUGUUUGUGUUUUAAAUAUAUUUUCAUAAUUUUCAUUGGUUUUUCAUUAAGGAAACGGCUCAAUAAAUCACCAUGUCUUUCGUGCAAAAAGAUGAUAGUGAGGCAACAGUUGAGUCCAUUGUGCAAAACAUUACAAUUGAUGGGGAUAGUUUGAACCACAGCAAUCUUACCUCUGAGUUGGAGGUGUUCUCGGAGGAUCUACAGGAUUAUGAGCAUGGUGAAGUAGAAUUAGAGACACAAACGAACUUGCCUAGUGGAUAUAGUUAUGUGCUAUCGACAAGUGCAGUUGGAAAUGAUGAUGAAGAAAUUGCUGUUAUUGAAUCUGAAGAAAUGGGGGAGUUGUUGCAUAAAGAAGAAGAAAAAAUUCAGAUAGAGAUAAAAUCAAAGUCAACGGUGCCACCACUGCGACCAUUGUCUAUAGCCCCUAAACCUGCAAAAGUCCCACUGUCUUUCAAAACAUUACCAGGACAACAACUAUUGGUUGUACAAGGAGCUGCACCUGGCCAGCAAAUCAAACUAUUAAGUACGAGCCAAGGCAUCAGCUUGGCUAAUUUACAAAUGGCAAAACCUGUUACAAUGAAGACGGGUACUUCAAAAGUAGCAACAAGUACAAUAUCAGUAGUACAGCCAAAACAACUGGUUAUGAAAAAAGUUAUAUCACAAGUGCCUAAACCUGCAAAAACGUUUGAAGCGAAAGCUGGACAACAGAUUGUUUUGGUGCAAAAGUCUGAGCCUCAAGCACAGCUAAAGAUUAUACAGACUCCGGUCAGUACAACAACCACAGCUACAAAAACUUUAACACUGGCACAAGCUCAACAGAUGGGUUUAAUAAGUGGGACAAAGAUUAUACCUCAAGGUGGUGGCAAGCAAAUUAUUUUAAACAAAGGUCAGACGUCGAAACCCAUUAAAAUUGUGCCGCAAGUUCGAUCUCCCACCAAAAUAUUGCCCGCACCACAAACAUCAGUUGCUGCUGGGAAACUUACUCAACGUAUUUAUAUCAAACCUACAAAUGUUUCAAGCACAACAACAGUGAUUCCAAGUCAAAUAAUUCAAGUAGCUGGAACACAAGCAAUUGCUGGUGGAUUGCACCAAAUUAAUAUACCUGGCAAAGGGAUGCAAUAUAUUAAGUUUAUUACUCCCUCUCAAGCGGAGACUACAACUGUGGCGAGUAUACAGACAACGAAAGCUCCGGCUCUCGGCACCAAGGUAAUUCCUAUAACUACAACUGGUAAUUUGCUUAAAAACGCAAAUUUGGUUCUAUCGGAAUUAAAGACGAUUAGUAAGACAGCCACGAUUAGUCAGAAAUUGAAAACUACAACUACCGUCCGUCCAGUUGGUACACUUAGUAGUUCGAGCACUCAAAUGCUUUUACCCACCUACACACGACCACAAGCUACAUUGAAAGUUGCAAUCCCUUCAAUGAGAAAUAUCGCAACUACUACCAAAUCAUCGGCAUCCACUUCCACCGGAGAUGCAAUUGUACCGAAUAUAAAACAGGAGACACCAAUGGAGACGAACGGAAUGAGACCGAGAAAGCCUUGCAAUUGCACGAAAUCUCAAUGCUUGAAGCUAUAUUGCGAUUGUUUUGCGAACGGCGAGUUCUGUUACAUGUGCAAUUGCAUGAAUUGUUACAACAAUUUGGACUUCGAGGAACAUCGACAAAGGGCGAUCAAGAAUUGCCUCGAGCGAAAUCCGAACGCGUUCCGGCCAAAAAUCGGUAAAGCUAAAGACACCACAGACGGCGCUAUCCGAAAACACACGAAGGGGUGCAACUGCAAACGGUCUGGCUGUCUUAAAAACUACUGCGAAUGCUACGAGGCUAAAAUUCCGUGUUCCGGUAUAUGCAAAUGUAUUGGCUGUCGAAACUUUGAAGACACGAUGGAGAAGAGUAGUUCACGAUCGUCAAUAUUGUCUGAUUCGAGUUACGCUGCGAGUCCGAAGAGGAGUUUAUCGUACUCGAACCGCACGAAGAAAUCGCCUGUAAUCAAACACGCCUUCAAUUAUGUUACGACCGAGGUGAUUGAAGCUACCACACAGUGUUUGCUCACAUUGUGCAACAAUGCUGAGGAGUGCGACCAAGAAGAGGACUUAACGACGAAACAGAUCCUAGACGAAUUUGGUAGAUGUCUCAAGCAAAUUAUCGAUUGUUCGAUAAGUAAAAGCCCUUGAAACUAGCCAUAGCAAUUUUAAUCAUUUUAUUAAGCUUAAUGCACGGAUUUAACUUUCAUUUCAUAUACAAUUUUUUUUUAUUAUACAAAUCGCGAUA